AUGUCGAGCUCUGAUAGAGUUGUUGAUGCGAGUCUCAGGCAUAUGCUGAAGACAAGCAGGACAGAGAUCUCCAUGGCCAUCGAUGACCUCUUUCCAUUUCUUCAUGGACUGAUGGACAACGAUGUGAUCACUGAGCAAAUCUUCAAGGAAGCCUUACAACUGAAGGAACAGAAAGGCAACAAUAAAGCAGUAUAUGCCACACUGACAUGGUUGCUGGAGAGGAAUGAUUCAAAUAUCAACAGCUUCUGGAAGAAUUUAUUUAAAGAUUACAAUCUGGAACGGUAUCCCAAACUCCAGCCAGUCUACCACAGCUUCUUCAAGGACAUAGAUCUCAGUAAAAUGAGAAGAGGAAGAAAGAUGCUCAAAAUGUCCGGAAAUCAGGGGGUGACAACACCUCAGCUUAAAAGAAAGACUUCUGAGGAGAUGCAAGUGUCCUCAUCUGUCCUCAAUACAAAACGUGCCACCAGUAAAGUGACCCCAGGGACAACAACAAAGGAAAGAGUGCUGAGAAAAACAGAGACUGAGAACAUAAUCAGAAUCCCUCAAGGAAAUGGAAUGGUGGCACCAUCUGUUCCUGCCAACCUCUCAGCCAAUGAACGCCCUUGUGGGGAUGUUAAAGGAAUUCUCGUCAAACAAGCCCUUGAUGCAGGGAUAUCCAAAAAGUGUAUUAAAGUAGGUGGUGAGUUCUAUACUCCUGCUACAUUUGAAGAUAUCAGUGGAAAAAGCAGAAGCAAGAACUGGAAGGAAAGCAUUCGCUGCAAAGGAUUAUCCCUGUCAAAGUUAAAUAAGGUGAGUCAGAAAAAUGAUGAUGAGUGUGCUGUGUGCAGAGAUGGAGGAGAACUCAUCUGCUGUGAUGGGUGUCCCAGAGCCUUUCACCUCAGCUGUCUCAUACCCCCUCUCACUGAGAUACCCAGUGGUAUCUGGACGUGUUUGUCUUGCACUAAUGGAGAGGGUGAUGCGCGAGCGACUCUAAACCCUGUACCUGAGAAGAAUCAGCAGUGCCACAGUACAUCAGGAGUCCAGGUGCUGCUGUACAAGCAGAAACUUGUGGGCGAGUUGGAGCAAUUGCUGAAAGCAACGGCAGCAGCCAGUGGAAAGUAUCCUCGCAGUGCUGCACCUACAUUUUUAGCUGCAGCGCCAGUUACACCAACAGCAUCAUCAUCAGCAUCUGUCUCAUCAUCUACACCACUGUCCUCAUUAUUGACGGCACCUUCCUCAUCAUCAAUGCCAAUUUCUUCAUCACUGAUGAUAUCUUCCUCAUCAUCAAUACCAUCUUCCUCAUCAUCAGUAUCAUCUUCAAUGGUAACCUCAUCUGUGUCGUCAACAUCAUCUUCAUCACUGCCUUCAAUUUCCUUUGGUGGGAAUAAGAACCAGCAGGUUUGUGAGAAGCCAAAACACGAUCACAUGUGCAACAUUUGUAAAACAAGUGGGGAUUUAAAAUGCUGCACUCAGUGUCACAGAACCUUUCACCUGGAUUGCCACUUCCCUCCCAUCAAUGGCACCAAUAUCAGGGCAGGGAAAUGCAGCUCGUGCAUAAACAUGACAGCAGUCAAUAAUCCAAUUGAGCCAGUGUUGGAGCGUCAACUCUCAAAUCUGCAGGGAGCUCAGUCAACUGUCAUUGAAAACUCAACAGAAGGGGAUACUUACACAAACGAGCAGCUCUUCAACAAAGACGAAUUUGACUUAUUUCUGAGAGAGGAUUCAAUUGAUAACAUCUUGCAGUGGGCUCUGCAGAACAUUCCCAGACCCCUCAAUGAGAACCCAGGUUUUAUUUAUUAACAAGCACCAUUUGGUGCAGAAAGUGACCAGAAGUGCGACCACACUAAAGAUGAACAGCCAAACUUCAUUUCAGUCAGUCACGAAAGCAUCAGGAAAACUUAGAAUAAAGACAAAUUCAGUUUGUUUACUUUGAGGCACAUUGUUAUUAUCUGCUCCAUACAGUAUUAGUCAUUUCAAUGGAAAGCGGUAAUAUUCAUUAUGAAAUGCAGUGACACCCGAGAGCAAUACCGGAUCUAUUGCAAAAUUAUCAAAGAACUGGGAUAAUAUAAUAUUUUCACCCAUGGUAAGGAGAAUGGGUAAACUUUUUGACUAGAUCACCCUAGAUAAAUGAAAUUUUAUUUAAUUUGCAGUACAAGUGCAAUUUAAUGUACCUGCCAGUCAGAGGCAGUAAAAAUAAAAGUAUACCAAGGUGUGCUGUCACUCCUGAUGAUAGAAACUACAGUAUAUGAAAUAGUCCAUCUCAGUAAAACCUUUUGAUUAAUUGCUUUCCAUUUUUCUGCUAUUUGUACCUUGUAUACAGUAAUGAUGACAAGGAUCACAACCCAAAAAUUAGAAAUAAGGAAUACAUGUAAUUCAAAUGGUCCCAGUAAAAAUAAAUCAAGUACUCAAUGUAUAUCAUCUAAAAUGACCAAAAAA